AUGUCGACCUCGGAGACUUCACAAUUUUUUUUCAAGAAUAGACCAGCAAUAGCGCUCCGUACCCCAGCUGAAGUCAGAACCAUCAACAAGAAGACAGGCAAUAUCCACACAACAUCCUUUUAUCGCCCCUCACCGGUUGUGAUCCCAUCGCUGGGGCUGUUUGUCAAGUAUGGGGCGAAUGUGAUUUUAGCCGAGAUUGAGACGCAAAGGAUGGUAUAUCAGCGACUGCAUGGUCGAAUGCCCAUUCCGGAAGUCUUUGGUUGGGCGGAGAAUGGAGAGCAGAGGCAAUGGGGUGGUAUGGCUGAAGAGGAGAGACUGGCUGUCUGUGCUGGGCUGAAGGACAUGGUGAAGGUAUGGAGAGGCCUUGAGCAAGACGAGAACGAACAGUAUAUAGGCAGAACAAGUAGCGUGGGCAAACGACCGCUGGACGAUAUCUUUUUCUACGGCUAUCCAGAAGACCACCAACCAAAAUAUAGCGGAUCAUUCGAAGGCCCAAAUGCCGUUCGCGAGUUUCAAGACAUUUGCCGAUUCCUUAUUAAUAAUCCAGACUCAAUUGCUUUCACCCACAAUGAUCUGAUCCCACAUCCUCUUAAACCCACGGACCCAAUCCCAAAGUGGCCGCAAUCAUUGAUUGGGGCCAAUCUGGAUGCAAGAUGCGUGGGACUUGGUAUGGGAUAUCCCGAUUUCAAUAGGGCCUUCCAAGAGGAGUGGUGGGCAAAGUAUAUGCCGGUGGUUCUGGACCCUGUGGAUGAGGAGAUGCGGUGGCACCCUUGGCUUUUCUUUGCCUUGUCGCUAGGUUGCUGA